UGCACAAAUUUUGUUUUCAAUAAAAUUCUCUCCACCCCAUUUAUAAACAAACACAAAUUAUUAUAUGAAGAUUUGAUCAUAUAAGCACUCUAUAUUUAUAUUUGUUUUAAUAUCAAAUACUCCUAGUUUUUAUAGUUUAACUAAUAAAAUACUCCUCCAUUGAGUGAAAUUUAUAAAUCUAAAGAUACAUCGUAUCAACACUUUAAUCCUCCGCUACAAAACCUUUGCUUUCAUCUCAUUCUCCAUACAAGGAGUACAAGUAUAUUGACUACUUUGUCCGUUGUUAAUUGUUAUAGUCAAUCAUUAUCAUUAGUUAAAAACCCAACAAAUUUUGUCAUUCGAUAAAGGUUUUACCCAUCUGAAUCCGUCGAAUUGAAUCAUCAUUCGAUGAAUUCAACAGCAGAAUUCAACGAUGAAGACAAAUCUGCAGAAUCCAAUCGCCUAUUAUCCCCAAAUCAAUCAUCAAAAUCAAUCGAAUUAGAACUAGAGGUAGCGUAUGAAUCCAGCGACAAGAUAAUUAUAGAAGAUUUCGAUGUAGAAUCGCUAAAUGACUACUCAAUUCCAGGACCCUUUUCAUGGAAGAAACUAUGGCGAUUUACAGGACCUGGGUUUUUAAUGAGUAUAGCAUUUUUAGAUCCGGGUAAUUUAGAAGGUGAUCUACAAGCAGGUGCCAUUGCUGGGUAUUCUUUACUUUGGUUAUUGCUUUGGGCUACUGUUAUGGGUCUUUUGAUUCAGCUUCUUUCUGCUCGAAUUGGGGUUGCUACUGGUAAACAUUUGGCUGAACUUUGUAGAGAAGAAUACCCUAAUUGGGCUCGUUAUUUGUUAUGGAUUAUGGCGGAAAUUGCCCUAAUUGGAGCUGAUAUUCAGGAAGUCAUUGGAAGUGCUAUUGCUAUUCAGAUACUUAGUCGUGGGGUUUUACCUCUUUGGGUUGGUGUUGUUAUUACUGCUUCUGAUUGUUUCAUGUUUUUAUUUCUUGAGAACUAUGGAGUGAGGAAACUAGAAGGUGUUUUUGCAGUUCUGAUUGGAACAAUGGCUAUGUCAUUUGCUUGGAUGUUUGCUGAUGCAAAGCCCAGCGGAAAGGAACUUCUCAUUGGUAUUUUAGUGCCAAAACUUAGCUCAAAAACUAUCAGGCAAGCUGUUGGAGUUGUUGGUUGUGUCAUAAUGCCUCACAAUGUUUUCUUGCAUUCUGCCUUGGUGCAAUCAAGGAAGAUAGACACCAACAAGAAGGGGCAGGUUCAGGAGGCAAUCAACUAUUACUCGAUUGAGUCCUCACUGGCCCUUCUCGUGUCUUUCAUGAUCAAUUUAUUUGUAACUACUGUAUUUGCUAAGGGGUUUUACGGAACUAAACAAGCAAGUAGUAUCGGCUUAGUAAAUGCUGGACAAUAUUUGGAAGAGAAAUAUGGAGGAGGGCUAUUGCCGAUUCUCUACAUAUGGGGCAUUGGGUUAUUGUCUGCUGGGCAGAGUAGCACCAUAACGGGCACUUAUGCUGGGCAGUUCAUUAUGGGAGGUUUUCUCGACCUCCGUUUGAAGAAAUGGCUAAGGGCUUUGAUCACACGAAGUUUUGCUAUUGUGCCAACUAUGAUUGUAGCUUUAGUUUUUAAUACUUCUGAGGCGACAUUGGAUGUAUUAAAUGAGUGGCUCAAUGUGCUUCAGUCUAUGCAAAUCCCUUUUGCUCUUAUUCCACUUCUUACUUUGGUGGCAAAAGAACAAGUGAUGGCUUCUUUCCGGAUAGGACCCAUUUUGGAGAGGAUAUCAUGGACUGUGGCUGCACUUGUCAUCGUGAUUAAUGGCUAUCUCCUUUUUGAUUUCUUCGUAUCCGAAGUGAAAGGAUUCUUGUUCGGAUCUUUAGUCUGUGUAGGAACAGUUUUAUAUGUGACAUUCAUCGUUUACCUCGUCACUCGUGAUGGUACACUUUCUUCAACAUGGUCUUCUUUGAAAUCUGCCAAUAGCUCUAUUUGUGUUGGUAAUUAGCCAGGAACUCCUCGUCAAUGGCAAGAAUAUCAAGAUCGACGAGUCCUUAUAUAUGCAAACCAGCCCGGGUUGUGAACGCCACUAGUUUUGGUCCUUGUUUCCGUUUCCUGCCAUUCCUUUCUGAUCUUGACGUGUUCAAUUCGGAUUCAAUUCGUUCUUAUUAGUCCGACUCCAGAUUAAGUGACACCAGCAGCUCCAGCAAGUUAAUUGCGAAUGAGCGUAUCAAGCACAAAGGAUAUUGUGCAGUAUAGAGAUUUUGAUACAGCGGACAUACAUUCAGCACUUUCCAGAACUGCCAGAUUCUUAGAUUAUCAAGUAUUCUUUCGGUAAAACCGACUUCUAUUCUCAAAGUCGAAUCCUGGAGGUUUGUUGUUGUACCAUAAUAAUGCAUCGUUUGUAUCUUUUUUGUAGCCAUUACAAAUACUUGUAUGUUCUUGUUAACGGCAGUUAUAUCAAUUGUGAAGAAGCUGAACCAUAACCA